CUCUUUGAACUUUGCCGAUGCUAGUCAGUAAACUAAAGGACACGGCUGUGAAAGGGUGUAUAAGUGCAGGGCUCAAAGGAUACCAGUGAACUUAAUAAACGUCUGAGUAAACGAGUGUUUGAAACAUUUGUGACACGCCGUAUUUUUCUGUACUACUAUAGUAGACCUAGUUGGUCAUCUGUACAAAUUGAGAUGGAUAUGACAUCUAAGCCAAUGGAUCAUGUUAAGCGGCCUAUGAAUGCGUUCAUGGUGUGGUCCAGAGGACAGCGACGAAAGAUGGCACAAGAAAAUCCUAAAAUGCAUAAUUCAGAAAUAAGCAAACGACUCGGAGCCGAUUGGAAAUUAUUAACCGAGGAACAAAAGAGACCAUUUAUUGACGAGGCAAAACGACUUAGAGCCCUGCACAUGAAAGAACACCCAGAUUAUAAGUACCGGCCGAGAAGGAAGCCUAAAUCUUUAUUGAAAAAGGACAGGUAUGCUUUCCCAAUUCCGUGUCUACCAACUUCGAAUUCACUAGCCGUCAAUACUAGUGCAGCCGACAUAUUUUCGUCCGAGAAAGCCCGAGCUUUCCUACCUCACUCACCUCAUGCAUACUCAACAAUGUUGGAAGCGAGUGCGAAAUUGGAGGCUGCCCACCAUGCUUAUAGAGCUACCGAACUGAGCAGUUUAUACUCACCGUCAGCACUGUACCCAUCGUUACACAGUAGUGCGUUCGGAAAGCUACCGACAUCGCCCGUAAGUGUGGGACACCCAGCCGCAAUUUCGCCGACUCAUCAACAGUACUUAUUUCCCUACCCAGGGAGUUGGCCAUCGCAUCACCACCACCAAGAUGUCCAACGUCCGGUAGCGUAUGUUUUGGUCAAACCUGACAUCGAACCAUACCCUACUCAUGCGUCUAUAAGACCACCACUACCUAUGUCCAGAGCCACGGCAAUAUAACUUCGGUUUAUUUUCUCGCAGCGAAAAAGUGCAACAAAUUUAGACUUUCUGACGAUUCAACUUUUCAUGAACACUUGCUUUACGAAGAGUGCGAAAGAAGUUGGAGACAUUUACUGUAAAUAUCGGUGAUCUUAUAAGAUGUACAGAACAAUACAAGAUAUAUAAUGUUAAAAGAAAUGUCUGAAAUUAUGAAAAGUUGGAUUGCCAACUUUUUAUUAAUUUUGCAUAGUUUAUUAUUAUUAUUAAGACAAUUUUGUAAAUUAGUAUAAGAUGUAAACUGUUUUGUUCUGCAGUCAUGUUUUAUCCUCACAUCACAUGCUCACCAAUUCGGUGAAGAAAACUCUCCUAUUCUGUAUCUCUAGUCUUUCUCACUUUUUAAAUUGGUAGAAAAUCAAAUUAACACGUUUUUCAAAGGGUGCUAAAUUUUAUUUAUAACAUGCUAGCUGGUAGAAACUAAAAAAAGUGUGUUUUUAGAACAGAAAAAUGUUCCCGAUUCGGCGGUUUGCGGCUCGUAUGCAAUCUUUUUUCUCUUGCUUGUUCUAAUCGGUGGAUCUAUAAUUAUACAUUUUGAAGGUCCUCAUUUGUAUAUAAUACUAACUGUAUUUUCUAGGAUAAUUACACCACUCCUUUUCAUCAAAACCACAUUUUUGUUGUCAGGCAUGGAGAAAGUCUGACUCCUCCUAGCACGACACCAAACAAACAUGGAAACCACCAGAUUUGAGGCGAAUGAACUUCGGUCCGCCUAGCUGAAUAGCCACGAGCAAAUAGUAUAAAAUGAAAGUGCUUUUUUGCAAGGUCGAGAGGCAUGUUUUUCUGUUCAAAUUCUCACUUGUUUUUUUCUUAGUCGCCACGCACAAACCAGCUUGAUACUUUUAAAACGAUACUCCAAUGUGUUGAUGACUUUAACUGUGUUGUCAUUUGUGUUCUUAUUUGAAUACGAUUGUUUAUAAACCUCAAAAUGUAGUAUAUUAAUUAUUUACAUUUAUAUAAAUGACUUCUAUUGAAAUACAGUUUAUUUAAAAGCUUCUCCUUUCAAACGUCUUAGGUAACAUUCCAUAUUAAUUAAUUAUUAAUUAUUUUUUUUAAUUAAUAAGUUAUUAAUUAUGAAUAGUAUGAUUUUAUGUUAUAUUUUACGUUGACAAUCUUUUGAAUUAAUGUUAUUGUUCGAAAGAGCGUUUUGUUAUACUGCUUAGAUUAUUUUAUGUUUGUUUUGUUGCUGUUCAAACAAUGAAUCUUUUGGAGAUUUUGCCUGACACCUCUAGCGCCAAAUAGAAACAUGUUUCUUGGGGUUUAUAGACGAAAAUACUGCCUCUUUCAAAUAAUUUUAAUUGCUUUUUAAUUCACGAAGACUUACCGUAGCCCAUACAAAUUAUAAUAAAUAUGAUAGAAGAUCUAUUUUAUGAAUGAUUUUGGGGGUGUUAAGUAACAGUUAUAGAGGUAUUACUAAAGGAUCAGGAAAGGGAGUGGGGUGAAACAUUUUUUUAUUUGGCCUAAGAUUAUAUAUAGAGUAACUAUCAUGACAAUCUUGCAAGAUAUAUUCUUUGGAGCCUAAACUUAUCCAAAAUUAGAAAGACUCGACAUAGUGAUUUAAGUUACGGUAUCGUAUCUUAAAUUAGUUCAUGUUAUGGACAUGAAUGGGUAAUUUGGACAAAGACAUUGUUAUCGUUUAUUUAGAGUAAAAUGCUUCUUUUUUUUUUUGCCUGGAAUCUUGACGGUAACUUGAUUGAUUGAUAUUUUGUUAUAUUACAAUAUCUGGUGAAAGAUGAAUAUUCUUAUUGAUUAAUCCCCUUAUGGAGAGUCAAACAAAAGUUUGAAUUCCAUAUCUUAGAAUUAUGACGAUUUGCGACUCAUUUUAACGAUAGAUAGCAAUGUAAACAUAGCCAUAAAUGGCGAAACAGUUGUACGAACUACUCAAAAUCACUUAGAUUUAUUGAAUUACGGAUGCUGCAAUGAAAGGAAACAAAGCAAUAUUCUAAUUGACCCGUUGCCAUAGUUUUGACCAGCCUCAAAUCGAGGCUUAACGUUAUUUAGAGAUUACUCUUUUUCUAGUUGAGGAUCGUCGAGUGACAGGUAUUGUGGUGAUUGUCUGUUCUACAAGACUCUCACGUACGCGCAACUUAUCUUCAAGUUGUUGUGUGAAGGUGUUUUUGACACUAUAUUUAUUAAAAUCCUCCACAAGAUUAAGUAAAAAAAAAAAACGUAACGAAUGAGUAUGAUUAUUGUUUAUCUAAAAUAUUUUAUACAAAGGCGAUUGCCUUGAAUAUUACGUUGUCGUCCGUUAGGAAAACAGAAUUUGGACUAUCCUCCACAGGAUUUUAAAAAAAAAAUUGUUAUAAAUCGGAAUAAUAAUAUUGUUGCUCUUUACAUAAAAUAUGUUAUACAAAAGUCAUUAUUUGUUAUCUAUAAUAGAAAAUAUAAUUGUUAGGAAAAAAUCCAGUGGUGUUAGGUGUAAUUGCAUCAUUUUAUAAGCAAUUGUAAAACCCAUUCCCCACCGCUUUUGCCAGUUUUAUGGAUAACAGUAUCACUCUGUGUGUUUCUCCGAUUAUGAUCAGUUCCAAAUAUGUUUAAUUAGUCCACAGAUAUUGGUAUAAGAUCGUUUAAAAUUAUUUAUAUGUAACGGACUUGAAAUACAUUACCGGUAACAGCGAUAAAUUAAGAUUAUAUUUCUGUGGGCCUGUAGUGACUGUUUAUCGAGAUAAGUGUUGAAAAUCAAUGAGCUAAUAUUUAUAAUUACUGUAAUACAAUGCUAUAAUUUCUGAGUUGCCAUAUGACAUGGGUAAUGAAUAAUGUUGUUUCUCGCAAAGUUUCAUAUUUUAAGUUGAUUUUGAGCAUUAAAAAAAAUCAACUUUUGUUUUUGUGUUGCCGUAAAAAUAACGUUAUGUUAUACGUACUCUUCGACUUCAGAAUCGAGGUCUUUUGCCAGUGGAGAAUAAAGUAUUUGUAAAAGAAGUAA